AUGGCCUCCACCGCGAUCACCGCCGCGGUCGCGCCGUUCCGAGCGCGCGCGAGCGCGCGCGCGCGUCGCUCGAGCGUCGCGAAGGUUGGCGCGGUCGCGACGCGACGCGCGCUCCGCGCGUCGCUCUUAUCCCGGAACGCGCCUCCCGUCGUCGCGAACGGUUCGACGACGAACGCCGCCGCCGCCGCCGCCGCCGCCGCGAGGGAGGAGGCGGACGUCGUCGACGCGACGGAGGACGCUUCCAUCGCGCGCCCCACACACGCGCGUCUCGGCGCCGUCGCCGCCCUCGCGUCCGCGGCGCUGAGCUCCGUCGCGCCGGCCGCGCUCGCGGUCGUGGAUGCCGACGGCGUCGAGACGCCGAACAUCCUGACGACGAUCUUCUUCACCGUCGCCGUCGCGCUCCUCGCGGUGAUCACGCUCGGGAUUCUGUACCUCAGCGCGAGAGAGGCGCUGGACAAGGGCGAGGAAAUCAAGGCGAGGGAGGAGGAGGAGCGCAUCGAGCGCGUCGCGAAGGCGAACAAGGGGAGGAUACCGGGGGAGGCGAAGAAGAAGAAGCUCUCGCCGUCGCAGCAGCUCGCCGCGGACGGAGGGCAGCUCCUGAACCGACGCGAGCGGCGGCGGCUCGAGCGCGAGCGGGAGGAGGAGAGCGAAUAG